AAAAAAUUCUAUAAAAUUUGUUAUUACACAAUAAUCUUUUCGAACAAAUUUCGAAAGACUAUCGCAAAAAUAAAAUUUUUGGAAAACGAGGUAGGGAAGGUUAGGUCGAAUCAACGUUUCGAAGGAAGGACCUAUUUCCUAGGGCGUAACUGCGGAAUCAGUACAGAGACGUUUUUCCCUAUGGUUGACACGUGUUUUCUCUUCCAAUUCAUUUCUCCUUUUGUUUUUACUUCAUCCAUUCCAAGAAUUCCAAUGUAGAAUUUUCCAAUUUUCCUUGCCCGAAAUUAUCUCGAAAGAGUCUUGCAAGAAUUUGCGAAACAACGAUGAAAAUUCUCCGAGGACUUUCUAAAAUUUUCUUAAUUAUUUCCAAAAAUUUUCUAUAUAUACAUAUAUAUGUAUUUAUUUACCGUGGAUGAGGCAACGAUAAAUUUUUUUCCGAGAAUUUCAAUCCGAAAUACCAAGCGUUUAAUGGCCGCGAUAAAUAUCGCGAGGGAAAAUGUUUAAUCGGCAACGAUUGCGACGAUACGCAAACAUUGCACAAUUAAGCGAUGCAUCGAAGCCGCACCGAUAUCACGCUUGGGUGAAAGCGGCGCAUUAAGAUGAAUCGAAAAAGCGUUAAUCAUACGCGUAGUUGUUUCGCAAACGGAAUUAUUGCGCAACCAUUUCUCGAUACACGGAUGUUGGUACGUACGCGAUGAAAAAAUUCUUACAAUUAAUUUAUUAGAAAGAAAAAGAAGAGGAAUUAAAAUUAAAAGCGUUUCGAAGCAUCUCAAAAUACUUCUCUUUUAACUUGACAUUGACUCCCUCCUGCUUGCUCUUUCGCUCGAGACGAAAAAAACAAGUACAAGAUACGCGAGGACAACUUUUUAAUGCCUCCAUUUCCAUCCCCUCCACUGAACAAUCCCCGAAUCUGAAAUACCGACGGGAAAAUGAUGAACCGAAUACACACGAUUGAUAUUCGAAACACGAAGAAAGGUUAUAUUUACACAUUUAUGCGCAGCGCAAGAAUGCGAAUAUGGCAAUAUAGGAUUACGCAAGAAAAUCGGCAUGCGGGUCGGCGAUGCGUAUCGAAUUUCGCGAAUAUCGGUACAGCUUCAUCAAAUUCCAGCUCGCGAAACGUCGAGCCGUGCGCGUAACAUCGACGCGCUAAUUUACCGGCAGAGGGCGUACGGGUCGUACGAUAAAUCAGCCUCGAUUAAUUCGAGAUAAUCGAAUGCACGGAAUCGAUUGUAGCAGAAACAGCUCACUUCGCUCCUUACGAAUUUUCUGUCUCCUUCACGAGGAAAGGAAAGAGCUAUUGGAAAAAAGAAAGAGGAACAGAGAGAGAAAGAUCGAAUUAAGUUUCCUCGUUCAAUUUAUCGACGGAGAAGAGCACGGCGAGGAGAAAAAUGAUCACUAUCGGUGAUACGAAGUCGAUGGAGGCUUCGUUCGAGAGAAUGAGAAGAGCGAGAUCGACUUUCAACGUGGUGGAAAAUCAAACUGAGGUGACGGUUAUGGCCGCAAGAAAAAAAGAUAUCAGAGACAUAACCUCGAAAGAAGAUUGUCCAAAAUUCAUUCACUCGUCAAAGAAAGUAUAUAUUUUUCUCGAGCACCCUGUACAAUCGCUGAUGAUAGACCGACAAGCUGUGGAAAAUCAGUUUUUCCCAGAGCUGGGAAACCGAGGAGCCCCACCUCCUCCCCGGUUUAUUGCAUUGGAACGCGGCUUGCUCCCAUGAGUGUGCGACAAACUUGUUUUCACCUUUAACACUCCCCCGGAUUCCGCCCUUACCGUGGACAAAAUAAACCCGAUUUACGAUCCAAUCAUCGAAACAUAUCCCAAUAAUUUUUUCUAUCGGAUAAUCAAUAAUUAAAUAAUCACUUUAAAUUCGAAUUUAUCAUUUGUACGCAACAAUUUUAAAAAAUAAGUAAAAUAAUAUAUAUAUAUUCAUUGCCAACAUAUAUAUAAUUUACGUAAUCGUGAAAUUCGAGUUGACAAUAGAGGAGACGAGUAACGACUAUCCGAUCCCUAUUAUUAUUAUUAUUACGAAGACGGUCCAUUCAAAUUUAACAUCGGAUAUUUCCUCGUUCUAUCCAUGUCCGACCUGUGAAUCCAUAUAUAUAUAUAUAU